AUGCAGCAAGAACACACUUCAGUUCCUUCUCACCUUCAUGAUGAUUUGAAACAGAGGCUCAAACUUCGGAUGGAACAAGCGGAAAAGCUGUUUCAAUUUGAACCUUCCGAAACAAAAAUUGAUUAUUUAUUUUCGGGAAGUGUAGAUCCAUUGUACAUAAAAUCGAAAAUGAACAAUUUCAUCAUUGAUCGUACGUUGAGCCAAACAAAGCAAGGAUUAGAAACCAACACAAAAGUGAGACAAAUUAUUAGAGAUGCACAACCUAAAAAAGAGGAAACCGUUUUGUCUAAACGAAAAUUGGAUCAAGUUGCCACCGGCUCCUCUGCUUCUGGAGCCUCUUCGACUGCCUUGCAAUUAUUUGAUGAAAAAAAAGAUCAAACUACCACAUCAAUUGUUUUACAUGCUCCACAACGUGUUGAAGAUACCCAAAAAGCCUUGGUUGCUUUUGACAAUUCGUAUUAUUCUUUGGAGGGAAAAGAUGAAUUGACACGAUCUUUGAUUUUGCAAGAAAAACGAAGAAGAAAAGAAAUUGAACAAAAACCAAAGUGGCAUCCACCUUGGAAGCUCAUGAGAGUCAUCAGUGGCCAUACAGGAUGGGUAAGAGCUGUUAGUGUGGAUAUCAGUAACGAAUGGUUUGUUACUGGAUCCAAUGACAGAACAAUUAAGAUAUGGGAUUUAGCUUCAGGUGAGCUUAAAUUAACCCUGUCUGGUCAUACCUCAACGGUUAGAGAUCUUGUUGUGUCAGAUCGAUCGCCUUAUUUAUUCUCAGUUGGAGAAGAUAAAAGUGUUAGAUGUUGGGAUUUAGAAACAAACAAAUGCAUCAGACAAUAUAGGGGCCAUUUAAGUGGUGUAUAUUGUUGUGCAUUACAUCCUUCAUUAGAUCUAUUAGCGACCGGAGCAAGAGAUAGCAGCUGUAGAAUUUGGGAUAUUAGAACAAAAAAAGAAGUAUUUCUUUUAACAGGACACGACUCGACAGUUGCAUCCGUGUUGUCACAGGAGCACGAACCUCAAGUCGUAACAGGAUCCAUGGACUCUACCAUAAGGCUAUGGGAUUUAAAAACAGGAACCACCCGUACCACCCUUACACAUCACAAGAAAUCUGUGAGAACAAUGACUCUUCAUCCAACUGAAUAUACGUUCGGAAGUGCUUCUGCAGACUCGAUUAAGAAGUGGAAAUGUCCAGAAGGAAAAUUCAUGCUCUCUUAUGAAGGAACGAAUGAAGAUGUCAUUAUUCACUCAAUGGCAGUAAAUAGCGAUGGAGUAUUGGUUUGUGCAGCCGAUGAUGGUACCCUAGACUUUUGGGAUUGGAAAACUGGACACCAUUUUAGCUCUACUAAAAACAUUCCUCAACCAGGUUCGUUAGAUUCUGAAUCUGCUGUGUUGGCAUGCAAGUUUGAUAGAAGUGGGGCUCGAUUAAUCACAGGAGGUGCAGAUAAAUCUAUAAAGAUUUAUCGUCCAGACGACUCGGUAAUGCCUCCCUCAGAAGAGGAAAAUGAGCAAAAGUUUUACAUUUCUAAUUUAUUUGGAAAGAAACAAUACUAG